CAAAUGGAAGAAGCAAACAGGACUGUGGUGUCUGAGUUUAUUCUUCAGGGACUAUGUGCUUCAAAGGAACUACAGAUCUUCCUCCUCCUGCCAUUUUCCACCCUCUACCUGAUGGCUGUGUUAGGCAACCUCUUUGUUGUGAUAUUGAUCAUCAUUGAUCAUCAUCUCCAUUCUCCCAUGUACUUUCUGUUAGCUAAUCUAUCAUUUAUUGACUUCUGCCUUUCCUCAGUAACCACCCCAAAACUGAUAACUGACCUCCUAAAAGAUAAUAAAACCAUUUCCUUUGGGGGCUGCAUGAGCCAGAUCCUCUGUGUGCACUUCUUUGGAGGAGGUGAGAUGGUACUUCUUGUAACAAUGGCCUAUGACAGAUAUGUGGCCAUUUGCAGGCCACUCCACUACAGCAGCAUCAUGGACAGACAGAAAUGCAUCUGGCUUGUUCUGAUAUCAUGGAUCAUUGGUUUUAUACAUGCCAUGAGUCAACUUAUCCUGGUUUUGGAUCUACCUUUCUGUGGACCUAGAGUGAUAGACAGCUUUUUCUGUGAUAUUCCUUUGGUGAUGAAAUUAGCCUGCAUGAAUACUGAUACGCUGGGAAUCCUAAUAAAUGCUGACAGUGGUGUUUUAGCAACAACUUGUUUCAUCCUCUUGCUCGUAUCUUAUACUUACAUUCUAUUAACUGUUCAGCUUCACUCUAAAGAUGGCUCAUCAAAGGCACUAUCUACAUGCACAUCCCAUAUCAUAGUGGUUCUGCUGUUCUUUGGGCCAGUCAUUUUCAUCUAUCUGUGGCCAGUCAGCGUCACUUGGGUUGACAAGUUUCUUGCUGUAUUUUACUCAGUCAUCACACCUCUCCUGAAUCCAGCUAUCUAUACACUGAGAAAUAAAGAUAUUAAGAAUGCCAUAAAGAAACUGAUAAAACACAUGUGA